AUGGGCAUGGUGGUGGAGGAUACAACAGAGGAGGAGGAUACAACAGAGGUGGAGGAUACUACGGCGGUGGAGGACACUACGGCGGCGGAGGACACUACGGCGGUGGAGGACACCACGGCGGUGGAGGAUACAAAGGAGGAAGAGGAGGCCGCGGGGGACACGGAGGAAGAGGAGGUCACGGAGCAGAAGCUGUUCAGACUCAACCUGGUCACUAAAUCUAUAUAA